UGGUCGAGUAACCGAAUGUGACGUAUUACAAAUCGGACAUUGUCGGAAAUAUUGGAGAGUGUACAAGUUCACGAUUUUCACGUUCCUUUGACAUAACAACAUUCUAUGUAUACUGACUAGAAUGUGUUUGAGGUAUUGAGACAAAUUGUAUGAAAGUGGCGACGUGUCUAACAUAUUUUUGAAGGUUUAAUAAUUAACUUUAACAAUGUCUAUAAAACUUAUUGGCGGUAUCGAAGGUGGUAGUACACAUUCCAAUGCAGUUAUAAUGGAUUCUUCGGGAAAAAUAAUUGGUCAGGCGAAAGGACCAUCGACUAAUCCAUACCAGCAAGGCUUAGAAGAAUGCCAAAAGAGAUUAGCACAACUUAUAAAAGAAGCCAAAAAUCAAGCUGGUAUAUCUCCUGAGACCAAGUUGAAUGCAUUGGGUUUAAGUUUAAGCGGCUGUGAAGCAGAAGAAUUAAAUAACAAAUUAUUAGAAGGACUUCAAUCAAAUUAUCCAAAUUUAGCUGAAAAAAUUAUAGUUGCCAGUGAUACCGAAGGUUCAGUAGCGACCACCUCGAAUAAAGGAGGAAUAGUCUGUAUAGCCGGAACAGGAUCAAAUACGCUAUUAAUAAAUCCUGAUGGUACUAAAGCACAAUGCGGAGGAUGGGGCCAUCUACUUGGAGAUGAAGGCAGUGCUUGGUACGUGUCCCACACCGCUAUAAAGUACUGCUUCGACGACUUAGACAAUUUUGAGAAAUCACCUUAUCCUAUAGACGAAGUUUGGAAACUAGUAAAAGUUCAUUUCAAUAUCACAACCCAGCCUGAUAUUCUAGACUAUUUCUAUAUUAAAUUUGACAAAGCAUUAAUAGCUUCUUUGGCAAAAAAUCUAUCAGAAUUAGCUUCAGUAAAAAAGGAUCCUCUAGCACUACAUAUUUUUUCAAAAGCUGGAAGCUGCAUAGCCAAAUCCAUAUCAGCGGUAGUAUUAAAAGCUAGUCCAGAAUUAAAGAACAAACAAGGUGGAAUACAUGUAACUGCAGUAGGAUCGUUAUGGUUCAGCUGGGAAUUACUAAAACCUGGUUUCAUGAAAUUUAUGUCGACGACCACUAUAGAAGAAUUAACUUUAAUAAGACUCACAGUUGCCCACGGGGUCGGAGCAACUUAUUUAGCAUCAGAUAAGUUCGAAGUGCCAUUACAGAGAGAUUAUUUAAAAAAUUAUACUAUUUUAUAUAAUUAUAAAAAGAAUAAGUGCCCAGGUCAAUGUGAAGCAACAGUUUCUUCAUGAAAUUUUGAUUAUAGAACGGGUACUCUAUGAAUAAAUUUUCUCUCUAGUAAGAAAAAUCAUAAUAACCUAAGGUUAUUGUAAAGUAUUUUAUAUGUAUGUAUACGUAUAAAUUUGUAAGUUAAAGAUCGAAAAUAUACAAUAAAUUAAAAAAUUCGACUUUU